AUGAGCGACUUGGUUGGGUUUGAAGUACCAAAAAUGGACUGGACCCCUGGCCCAGAUUUAUUAACUAGAUUCAAGAGAUUCCGCCAAAAGUGUGAACUGCUACUUGAUGGACCGUUAAAAGCUCGAGACGGCACUCAAAAAUGCAAAUAUGUGCUGCUAUGGUCAGGCGAUUACGGAAUAGACUUAUUUAACACUUGGUCGCUAACCGAAGACCAACAAAAAGACCUGAAAGAAUACUGGAAAAGAUUCGAAGACCAUGUUAAACCACAAGCAAACCAUAUCUUGAACAGAUAUUAUCUACGAGGUCUGAAACAGAAUAAUCGUCCCCUAGCCACCUUCCUGACUGAAGCAAGGCUACUCAUACAGAGCUCAGGUUACCCACCUGACUUACAUGACGAACUCAUGCGUGACACAUUAGUUUUCGGCACCGAUUCGGAAGAGGUCAGACGAAAAUGCAUUGCCCGCGGUAAUGAAUUAACCUUUGCAAGGGCAAAAGAAAUUGCACGAACUGAUGAGGCUACCCAGAUGCAAUUAAAAGCAAUGAGUGACACUACAAACCCAAAGCAAGAAGAAGGGGAAGUCAAUGCAAUCAGCAGAGGAAACAAGCCCAGAAACCAGCCCCACCAAAGGUACACCAGUGGUAGAGGAAACAGACGACGUGACAACAACCUAAGACAGUGCUACAGAUGUGGAGACACACCACACACCAAAGACCAGCAGUGCCCAGCCACUGGAGUAGAAUGCUUCAACUGCAACAAACGCGGUCAUUUUAGCAAAGUUUGCAAGUCUAAAACAAGGUCAGAUGUGAUGACCCUACAAAAAGAACAACCUGAUGGUGUAACAAGUGAAUGCACAAGCUACGACAAAGUCUUCCUGGGAACACUAGAAGCCCGAGACAGCCCCAGUACCUCAAUGAUCGCAAGCAUUGAACAAAAAGAAAAACAACGCACCAAAGUCAUGACUGAAAUACAAGUCACGGUAGACCCCCAUGAUACACACCUGAUACCUAUUAUCUGCAAGGUCGACACUGGUGCAGAAGUUAAUGUCAUCUCCAAAGACGACUAUGACAGACUCAACCGCAGUUCCCAGCAGAUACCCCUUGGCCCAACACACCACAGGAUUACUGCGUAUGGAGGCCACGCCAUCAAGACCCUUGGAACCUGUCCACUAUACGUCCAUCAAAAUGGCAGCAUUAAAGAAGUCGUUUUCAAUGUUACUGACGUACCAGGACCUACAAUGCUUGGCUGUAAAACCUGCGAGGAACUUGAGCUGGUAAAAUUUAAUUGCAGCCUAGAAACCUCCAAAGAAGACAAAGAGACCCGCCUUAAAGAACACAGACCAUGCAAACCGCACCAAAGGACCAGCAGAUACCCUAGCCGUCUAGACACUGAAACAUACCCCCCACUGGACAGGAUAACCUUCUUCAACAACUUCGGAGACUGCUUUGAAGGCCUGGGAACCUUCAAUAUGAAACCUUAUCACAUCACCCUAGACUCCAAUGCUGAACCUGUCAUCCACGCACCACGUACCAUACCAGUACACCUUCGAGACAUGUUUAGAAAGGAAAUCAACACCAUGGUAGAACUUGGAGUGCUCAUACCCGUAAGCGAACCCACAGACUGGGUUAAUAGCAUCGUCCUCUCUGAAACAACCAACGGCAAAGGAGAAGUCACCAAAAUCAGAGUCUGCCUCGAUCCACGUGACCUAAAUAAGGCAAUAAAACGCGAACACUACUACACCAAAACAAUUGAUGAGGUAGUCACACAGCUUAGUGGUGCCAAAUUCUUUAGUGUUGUUGAUGCCAAAAAGGGCUACUGGCAUGUACCAUUAGACGAAGCCAGCUCCUACCUGACUACUUUCAACACCCCGUUCGGGAGAUACCGUUUCACCCGGCUCCCCUUUGGCCUUAUUGUAUCACAAGAUGUGUUCCAGAAACACUUAGAUUCAGCACUGGAGGGCCUGAAAGGAGUCACCGGCAUUGCAGACGAUACAUUCAUAUACGGAGCUACAGAGGAAGAGCACGAUGCGAACAUGGUAAACCUCAUGAUCAGAUCCAGGGAAAGGGGAAUCAAAUUCAACAAAGACAAAGUACAGCUCAAAUGUCAGGAAGUCAGCUUUUUCGGCCACAAAUGGACCCAGGAUGGAAUCAAACCAGAUGACACACCACUGCGAGAACUUACCAAGAAGGACACCGCAUAUGUAUGGGGACCUGAACACGACGACUCAUUCAACCAAGUCAAACAGGAAAUCACAUCAAUGGGAGUCCUCAGAUACUUUGACCCAAACAUCGAGUCUGUCAUUCAAACUGACGCUUCCCAGAAAGGAGUAGGCGCCGUCCUUUUGCAGCAGGGGCAACCUGUAUGCUAUGCCUCCAAAGCACUUACAGACACAGAAAAAAACUACAGCAACAUUGAGAGAGAAACACUUGGUGUAGUAUGGGGCCUAGAGAGAUUUAACUACUACAUUUUUGGGAAGCACUGUACAGUAAACACUGACCAUAAACCUCUUGAGGCGAUUUUCAAGAAGCGACUGUCCAGUUGCCCACCUAGAUUACAGAGGUUCUUGAUGAGAGCCCUGAAAUACGACGUUACGGUCAACUACGUAAAAGGUCCUGAUGUACCAAUAGCCGACGCUCUCUCAAGAGUCAGCCCCCAGCCUACCCCUAGCAGCAGUCAACUUUCAGAGAUAUAUGUCCACCACGUCACACAACAUCUCCCUGCAACUCCAACAAAGCUACAACAGAUCCGUGACGAAACAGGGAGGGAUCCUGUAUUGUCUCUGUUAAAAGAAAUGGUCUUUGAAGGAUGGCCACAGAAAAGAGAAGAGUGCCCCCAACUGCUACAUGGCUAUUGGAAUUUCAGAGAAGAGCUGACCAUCGAGGACGGCUUAGUACUAAAAGGAGACCGCAUCGUGAUACCUCCUACUCUCAGACCUGAAAUCCUGAACAUCAUACACCAAGGCCACCUAGGGCAAGAGAAAUGCCUUUUACGAGCACGUACAUCCGUUUUCUGGCCUGGAAUUACAAAGGAAAUCAUCAACCAAGUUAACCAGUGCGAACCCUGCCAGAAAUACCAAAAUAAAGCAAGGAAAGAGCCAAUACUACAGCCAGAACCGCCACACCGACCAUGGGAAAGACUCAGUUCGGACUUGUUCGAAUUUAGAGGGCAGCAAUACCUCCUGUUGACAGAUCAAUACAGCAGAUUUCCUGUCAUCAGGAGACUAACAAGCACCACGUCAUCUGCAGUUAUCAACCAUCUGAAGAGCAUCUUUGCAGAACACGGCAUCCCUACGCAGUUGACGACCGACAACGGACCGCAGUACAGUUCGGCAGAAUUCAAGCAUUUUAUGAACGUCUACGGGGUAGAACACAUUACUAGCUCCCCCCUAUACCCCCAAUCCAACGGGUUUGCUGAGCGAAUGGUCCAGACCGUGGAAAACAUUCUCCAAAAGUGCGAUGAAAAUAAAGAGGACCCGUACCUUGCUCUCCUAUCAUACCGGGCCACUCCCUUGGAUCACCAGCUGAAAUCCCCAGCAGAACUGCUCACCAACAGAAAAUUUAAAACUAGAUUACCAGCAUGCCAUAGAGUCCUCCUCAACCACUCUCACCAUGAGGUCAUGAAAAGUAAGCUCAUAGCCCGUCAGGAGAAACAAGCCCACUAUUACAACCAGCAUUCAGGACCACCCAAAAAGCCAUUCGAAGCUGACCAACCCAUCCGCACGUACAACCACCACUCACAAACCUGGGAACCUGGCAUUAUUGUAAAACCCGCCAAACAGCCAAGAUCUUACAUCAUCAGAUCCAGCAGUACAGGUACCACCUAUCGAAGAACACGGGCCCAACUGAAACCAGACACAACUGCAGUGAGGGGAACACAAUGCCAGCGGGUGGAAACCCCAGUAUACCAAGGUUCUGAGAUACCUCAGCAGACAACUAGUCUUGCCCCAGUCAGUCACACACAGACAUCGCACAAAAACGGUGCAGCCCCCAGACCAGGAUCUGGCGAAACAGUGCCACUGAACAACAUCCCCCAGGGACCCUCAGACAUAGCUGGAGGAUAUGUGACCAGAUCUGGGAGGACUGUGACACCUGCACAAAGGGAAAAUGAAGAUGACUGGCUUAUGCAGACAUUGUAUGGAUGCAAUUAUGAGUUACAAUAUGAACAUGACACCUGCAUACAUAGCUGGGAACACAACACACAGACUCAGAAAGAGGAAAGCAAUAUACUGGAGGGAACCAAGUUAACUGAGGGAAUAGUUGAAGAGGGUAAACUGAGUGAUACCAAAACCCAGACAAGAGAGGAGCGAAUAAAGAGUCUGAAAGCUCUCCUUUGCAAGCACAAGGAAGAUAUUGAGAAGUUAUGGCCUGAUGCAAACAACGACAAGCAGAAAAAAUGUUCUGUGAUUGCCAGAAAUAGGAAAAUGAUUGCAACAAGAAGCAAUGUCUUCACUGAAGCAAAGGAUUACUCCAUAAAAAGAAGAAUUUGUAGAAGAAAAAGAAAGAGAGCUGAGCCUCAUACAAGUGGGGUAGUUAAUACCAGAGAUGUUGAUAUUUUGAUGAGUAAAGGAAACCUUAUCACUAAGGAUGAGUUCCUAGCUGUGCUAGGCCUGGUCCGAGUCACAAAACUUUAUUCAUUAUGA